CUACCACAUGAGAUUGGCCAUCUUCAGAGUCUGCUUACUUUUGCUGCUGAAGGCAAUCAGAUUGCGGGCUCAAUUGAUUUCAAUAUUUUCAUGAAUAUGUCUUCUCUGCAAACCUUAACACUAUGGCGUAACAAAUUCACGGGGAACCUUUCAAGGGAUGUCGGGAAUAUUACCAUGCUAACAGAGCUACAUCUCCAUGAAAACCAUUUUACAGGUACAACAGAGUAAUUUUCAUGUAAAUUGUCUAUUUAGCUACAGUUUUGAAAUCUCAUGUUUUGCAGGGCUUAUUCCCACUGAAUUUGGCCAACUUUAUUUGGAGUCAUUAUUACUACAGUCGAACAGCUUGAGUGGUUCGAUUCCACAUGAGCUCUUUAACAUUUCAACUCUUCGGAUGCUUGCACUUGGCGACAAUGCUCUGUCAGGGGUUCUUCCAACCCAUUUAUGCCAUGCCUCUCCCUUUCUUGAAAGAUUGAUUCUUGGCAUAAAUUCUAUCACUGGAGCAAUACCCAACACUAUUUCUAACUGUUCUCGACUCACAAUUCUCUCAAUUCCUGAAAACAAAUUCAGUGGUUAUAUACCUACUCAUCUCGGAAACCUAAGACUUCUCCAAUUUCUUUCUAUAUUCGGCAACAAUCUUACCCAGGCACCAUCUUCUUCCUUCUUUACUUCAUUGACAAAUUGCAGGUCUCUAAUUGGUUUCGAUAUUUCUGAUAAUCCUCUAAAUGGUGUCAUUCCAGCUUCUGUCGGGAACUUAUCUUCCUCACUUCAAACAUUCGCUGCCGACAACUGCAAAUUCAGUGGCAGCAUUCCUGUUGAAAUAGGCAAUUUAAGCAGUUUGAUUACAUUGUAUUUGCCACGCAAUGAGUUAUCUGGUAAUAUUCCACUAACUAUAAGCCAUUUGCAUGAACUUCAAGGAUUAUAUCUGCUUGAUAACAUGCUGGGAGGCUCAAUACCACAUGCUAUAUGUGAUCUAUUCAGCCUCAAUACUUUAGUUAUGAGCUAUAAUCAAUUUUCAGGCCCAAUUCCUAAAUGUCUAGGGAAUGUCUCUUCUUUAAGAAAUCUUGGUCUAGACUCCAACAUUUUGAAUUCUAGCAUACCAUCAAGCUUAUGGGGCCUAAAAGAUUUGAUCAAUCUAGACUUGUCCUCAAAUUCAUUAAAUGGGUCACUACCUCUAGAGAUGAAUAACUUAGGAGCAGCGAUCUAUAUAAAUAUAGCAAUGAAUCAGUUGUCAGGGUCAAUUCCGAGGAAUAUCGGAAAGUUACAGAAUUUGGCUAAUCUGUCUUUGGCAAAUAAUAGACUAGAAGGUUCUAUUCCUGUGUCUAUGGGAAGCAUGAUCAAUUUGGCAAAUCUCGACUUGUCGUACAACAAUCUCUCUGGUUCAAUUCCAAAGUCUUUAGAAGCACUUCAACACCUCGACUACUUUAAUGUCUCUUUCAAUAGUUUAAGUGGAGAAAUUCCUAAUGGAGGUUCUUUUAGAAACUUCACUAUGGAUUCUUUUAAGGGUAAUGAGGCAUUGUGUGGAAUCCCCAAGUUCCAUGUCCAAAUUUGCUCUUCAAUUUCUAAUCACAGAUCAAAGAGAAAGAAGGUGGAACGAGCUUCAUUUAUUGUUUUCGGGGUUGUGGCUUUCAUCUCAGUUGUUUGUUUGGCCUUUAUAAUUGUCAAAAACAAAAGGAAAGAUAAGACGACUAGAGAAGUUGAUGAGUUGAUAUUCAUUGUGCCGGAAAGAAUCUCUUAUUAUGAAUUGCUGCAAGCAACGGAAAGAUUCGAUGAAAGCAAUUUACUUGGCACUGGGAGUUCCUGCUCUGUUUAUAAAGGAAUUCUUAACAAUGGGAAGGAUAUCGUUGUCAAGGUGUUUAACAUGCAGCUAGAAUGUAUUUCAAGAAUAUUUGAUGUCGAAUGUGAGAUACUACGUAGCAUUCGACACAGGAAUCUGACAAGCGUCAUAAGCAGUUGCUCCAAUGAAGAGUUCAAGGCAUUAGUACUUGAAUAUAUGCCAAAGGGAAACCUUGAAAAAUGGUUAUAUUCCCACAACUAUUGCUUGAAUAUGAUGGAAAGAUUGAAUAUAAUGAUUGAUGUUGCAUCUGCUUUGGAGUAUCUUCACCAUGGUUAUUCAAUGCCCAUUGUACAUAGCGACUUGAAGCCUAGUAAUGUGCUGUUAGAUGAAGACAUGGUUGCCCAUGUAAGUGACUUUGGGAUAGCAAAAUUGUUAUGCGAUGGAGAUAGCUCUGUGUUAACCAACACGCUAGCAACAUUGGGUUACAUCGCUCCAGGUGAAGUUUCUCUGAAUAUAUUGAUUGCACUUCACUUUCAAUCAAUUAAUUGUGGCUUCCUUACUGAAUACUCCAUGAUUUUUGUUGUUCCAGAGUAUGGUUUGGAAGGGCUAGUUUCAACAAGGUGUGAUGUGUAUAGCUACGGGGUGAUGUUGAUUGAAACUUUUACGAGAAAAAGGCCUAGUGAUGAUAUGUUUUGCGGAGAUAUGAGCUUAAAGAGAUGGGUAGAACUCUCACUUUCGGAGAUCCCAAAUGAAGUGAUAGAUGCCAACUUAGUCAGGAAUUUGGAGGACGAAAUGAUUGGCAAGAAUAUGCAGUGUGUAUCAUCCAUACUUGAAUUGGCUCUUAAAUGUUCUGCCGACUCUCCCAGGGAUAGAAUCAACAUGAAACAAGCACAUGCAGAGUUGCAGAAAAUUAAACACCGACUUUCCCAAUGAGAUUCAAGGAACCAAGUUGCUGACAUUAUGGCAAAUCCAAAUACUCUGACCGGUUGGUGGAAUCAUGCUAUUCCCUUGAUUGAGGAAGCCGUUCAAAAGGAUAUUCAUAUCCCAAAUUUCUAUCGCAAAGUUAGCUACUGAUGUCUUCUUCUUUUGGUGGCUUUGAUGAGGCAUGUAGUGUUGAAGAUUUUGAAGAGGCAGUAGAUGCUAAUUGGGGUGAGGCACUGGAUAGUGGUGAGGUGGAUGACAUAAUGAAUGGAAAAUUUGGCUUGGUCCUUUUGUUGGUUUUUGCUAUCAUUGUUAAUUUGUUCUUCUUGUUUCUGCUUUUUUUUUUCUCGUUGUAAUAGACGAGUACUCUUUUUCCUUUACUGGUAUUUUUUUCAUUGGAUUUUCGCCAGAAAUGUUUUAAUGAGGCUCGGCCCUUAGUUAGCGACUUUGUGCUUUCAAGGGUUUGUUAGCGACUUUGUGCUUUCAAGCGUUUGUUAGGUUUUCUUAUUCCAAAUAUAUAACUGAGUUAGCAAAGUCAUGUUAUCUAGUAUGUUGAUAGAAAUUUUAUUUCUAUUUAUUAUCA